GCUAAGACAGCAAUAGACCAUAAACCAAAUCUCAACCUAAGCCAGGCGAAAAUGUCAAAGAUCCACGUUGCUGUACUUGUUGCUGCCGCAUCCGUCCUAAUGGCCGGAGUGCUAGCGCUUCCCUCGGACUCGGCAGAUGCCCACGCCGAGAUCCGCAGCUUUGUCAACGAGCUGAAGCAGGAGGACGGCAGCUACAACUACCAGUUCGAGACGACCAACGGCAUUGCGCAGCAGGAGCAGGGAGUUGGCGGAUACUACGCCUCCGGCUCCUCCCAGUACUACAGCCCCGAGGGCCAGCUUAUCCAGCUGACAUACACGGCCGACGAGAAUGGCUUCCAGCCUCAGGGAGAGCACCUGCCCACGCCGCCACCCAUCCCGGAGGCCAUUCUCAAGUCGCUGGAGUGGAUCCGCAACCACCCAGAGGAGAACGAGGAGUACGAGCACCACGACCAGCACGACCAGCACGACCACCACGGUCACGGCCAUGGUCAUGGUGCAGAGCAGGGCAAACAAUAUCUGCAACAGGGACAGGGACAGGGACAGUCACAGCAGCUGCCAGUGGGCUCUCUGCUCGCUCCGGCCUCUGCGCCAGCAGCAGCCUCUGGCCUACCCUAUGAGAGGAAGCUUUAAGUUAUUCCCGCCCCCAG